UGGGGCGCAGAGCCGCGAGCGAGCCGGCAGCGGCAGGGUGAAAAGCCAUUUUCUGUGCCGCCAGCCUUCCCCAGGUGCCUGGCACUGUGGGAUUCCCUGGCACAGGGGGGUCCCUCUCCCCGCUUCAGGGCGGAGGUGGAUCCGGCUUUAUUCCAGCCUGAAGGGGAGGUUGCACAACCCGGCCCCGGGGGAAAGCGAGGCGGGUUCAGGCUUUGCUCAGCUCUUGGCUCUGGCCCUCUUUGCUUUCCAUAACCAUCCUCCGGCGUUUGUGUCGGCUUUUACUAACUCAGAGCCAUUCGGAUUUUGCUCGCUGGAGGAGGAGGUGGCUUUAGAAGAUGUCGACCUACAAGCGGGCGACGCUGGACGAUGAAGACCCCCUGGACUCCCUUGGUGACAGUGAUGGAUACCCCAAUGGCUUUCAGGUGAACUUCCGCAGCUCCCGGGGCAGCCGGGGGUGCUGGGCUGAGCGGACACGCGCUGAAAAGCAGCUGGUGGUGCUGGUGGGGGUGCUGGUGGUACUGCUCGUGGCCUGUCUGCUGGGACUCGUCUUCCAGUACAGAGCCAGGUCACCCAGCGUGUGCUUGUCAGAAGCCUGCAUCUCCGUUACCAGCUCCAUCCUCAGCUCGCUGGACCGCACGGUGAAUCCCUGUGAGGACUUCUUCAGCUACGCCUGUGGGGGCUGGAUCAAGGCCAACCCUCUCCCUGACGGUCACUCGCGCUGGGGCACCUUCAACAACCUCUGGGAGCACAACCAGGCCAUCAUGAAGCACCUGCUGGAAAACACCACGGCCAAUGUGUCAAGCGAGGCAGAGCGCAAGGCACAGCGCUAUUACCAAGCCUGCAUGAACGAGAGCAAGAUCGAAGAGCUGCGUGCCACCCCACUCAUGGAACUUAUCCAAAAGCUGGGUGGCUGGAACAUCACAGGUACCUGUGCUGGUGACAACUUCAACAAAACGCUGCGGGAGGUGACGGCGCAUUAUCGCACCUCGCCCUUCUUUUCCGUCUACGUCAGUGCUGACUCCAAGAACUCCAACAGCAACGUCAUCCAGGUGGAUCAGUCAGGGCUGGGCCUGCCAUCGCGGGAUUACUACCUGAACAAGACUGAGAAUGAGAAGGUGCUUGCUGGGUACCUGACCUACAUGGUGCAGCUGGGGAUGUUCCUGGGAGGCACCGAUGAGGAGUCAACACGGCAGCAGAUGCAGCAGAUAUUGGACUUUGAGACGGCCUUGGCCAACAUUACCAUCCCCCAGGAGAAGCACAGGGAUGAGGAAGUCAUCUACCAUAAAAUGACAGCAGGAGACCUAAAGGAGCUGGCACCAGCUGUGGACUGGAUGCCUUUCCUCUCCACAGUCUUCUACCCCGUGGAGCUCAACGAGUCAGAGCCCGUUGUGGUCUAUGCCAAGGAGUACCUGAAGCAGGUCUCUGACCUCAUCCUGGCCACGGAUAAAUGUCUCCUCAACAACUACAUGAUCUGGAACCUGGUGAGGAAAACCAGCCCACUCCUUGACCAGCGCUUCCGGGAUGCUGAGGAAAAAUUCAUGGAAGUGAUGUAUGGGACAAAGAAGAGCUGCCUCCCACGCUGGAAGUUCUGCAUCAGUGACACAGACAACAACCUGGGCUUUGCCCUGGGGGCCAUGUUUGUCAAGGCCACCUUUGCUGAGGACAGCAAGCAGGUGGCGGAGGAAAUGAUAGCAGAGAUUAAAACUGCCUUCGAGGAAAGCCUGGAGACCCUGCAGUGGAUGGAUGAAGAGACAAGGAAGUCAGCCAAAGAGAAGGCAGAUGCCAUCUACAACAUGAUUGGCUAUCCCAAAUUCAUCAUGGACCCCAAGGAGCUGGAUAAAGUCUUUAAUGACUACGAGGCUGUUUCUGACCUCUAUUUUGAGAACGUCAUGCAGUUUUACAACUUCUCAGCCAGGGUCACGGCUGACCAGCUCCGGAAACCACCAAACCGGGACCAGUGGAGCAUGACACCUCCGACAGUCAAUGCGUAUUACUCUCCCACCAAGAAUGAGAUCGUCUUCCCUGCUGGCAUCCUCCAGGCCCCCUUUUACACCCGUGCAUCCCCCAAAUCCCUGAAUUUUGGUGGGAUCGGCGUGGUGGUGGGCCAUGAGUUGACACAUGCUUUUGAUGACCAAGGCCGGGAAUACGACAAAGAUGGCAACCUGCGUCCCUGGUGGAAGAACUCCUCGGUGGAGGCCUUCAAGCAUCAGACAGCGUGCAUGGUGGAGCAGUAUGGCAACUACACUGUCAACGGUGAGGCAGUCAAUGGCAAGCACACCCUCGGGGAGAACAUCGCCGACAAUGGGGGCCUCAAGGCCGCCUACCGGGCAUAUCAAAACUGGCUGAAAAAGAAUGGGGAUGAAGAAACACUCCCAACUCUUGGCCUCACCAACUACCAGCUCUUCUUUGUUGGCUUUGCACAGGUGUGGUGCUCAGUUCGCACACCAGAGAGCUCACACGAGGGGCUCAUCACGGAUCCCCACAGCCCCUCGCGUUUCCGCGUCAUCGGCACCGUCUCCAACUCCAGGGAGUUUGCAGAGCACUUCAGCUGCCCCCCAGGCUCCCCCAUGAACCCCCUCAAGAAGUGUGAAGUCUGGUGAUGGGUGAGUGCCCAAGGGAACCAGCGGCUGGUUGCUUUGUCCUCUGCCAAUAGCUGGGCUUCCCCAGUCCUUUGAGGCUCAAACCACUUCUCCAUGCCAUGGAGAGCCCAACUCUUCAGCUGGAGCAGUGUCUGUGCCCCUGGCAUUGUCUGAGGUUCAGUCCACUGUGAAAACUUCUCAUCCCCCUGCUUGUUGGUGAAAUGACGUAGGUUUGGGGGUCUCCUCUUUCCCACCAUGACCGAGCCAAGUGUCAAGGCACACACGUAUCCGUGGGCACUGCCUGUAUUUACACACACACAGUGCUCCAGCCUGACCCACUGCCUGCAAAACCUCUCUGCUGUGGAGGUGCUAAAGGGAAGCCCCAACAGUGGCAGGUUUGUCUGCGUGUCUGAGUACACCUGAUGUACCACCUUCUCUCCAAAGAUGCGCACACGAGGGUGGGAAAUAUUUUAAGAAAUAUUUUUUUGGGGGGGAAAUACAUAUAUUUUUUUCAUGUGUUGUGGAAUACACUGGAAAUUUUCAGGGAAAAAGCAUUUAAAAGCCUUUUAGUAAAAUAUUAGUAUAUUUAUUAAUUUUUUUUUUUACUUAGUGCAGCUGUAGGUGCAGUACCCUGUGGUGACAGUCCCUUGGCCAGGGAAGCUGGGCAGGGCUGUGGAUAUCUUUCCAGUCUUGGAUCCUGUGUUUCUCUGGGAGGGACUAUCCCUCAGAGGAUGCUGAUGGGAAAAUUAGGGACAGCAGGCCUGGGGACAGGGCUGGAAGAUGCUGCACAUCACAGAGGCUGUGCUGGCAUGCUGCAGCUCCUGGGAUUAGCUUUAAUUUCAGAGUGUAAAGGGAAAAAUUGACAUAACCAAAGAUGUAACCAAGGUGGUGAUGGGGUGGAUGAAGCAUCCUGUUCUCCUUCCUGUCCCUUCUGAAGUCAGGCCAGCCAGGAUAUCCUGGCCCUAAAGCUUCCCAGACAAGUGCAGGCAGUUCCUGCCACUGCUUUUCUCAUGCUGAGCCUGCCCUCUGCACGGGAAGCUGCAAGCCCCAAAAGCACCACGUGGCCCCAAAAUUCUGUCCCUCCACAGGUGGUUUGGCACCAGUGUGAGAAGUGAUCAGGAUGGGGCUGAAGGACUUUAAGGGAUGUUUUUAAUACUUGUUUUGAGGGGAAAGCACUGACAGGAGCUCAGGUGCUGUGUGUUGUCUUUUGCUCUAGACAAAGCAGAGACACGGAGGAAUUUUUAAUAUUUAUAUGUAAAGGGAGGGAUGGAAGGGGCUGUUUUUUUGUAACUAUUUUUUCACCCUAUGUGUGGGGCUAAUUGUAAUUGAAAUAAUAAAUACUUUUUACUGGA